CAAAAAGAGCUACAAUGUUUUGAAAGGCAAUAAAUCUCUACCAAAAAACAAAAAAUCAAACUUUUUUUCUUCCACCACGACUUUAUCCAUUGUUUUAUAUGACAACCUACCUCAGGACGUGUCGUGACGCCCACAAAACAAGCUACAAUUUUUUAAAGUCAACCAAGUCAAAAUUAAAACUGUGAAAAAUGAACAAACUCGAGGACAUUCUUGGAAAAAAGAAAACCAUUGUUCCAGUUUUGGAUCUUAGCAAAAAUAUCAUCCAAUCUAAAGAAGAAAUAAAACGCUUGAUGGAAAAAGUGCCCGACUAUAAAAUGCGACCUAUUAAAGUUCGUUCCGAAGAAAUAAAAAUCAAAGAUAAGGAUUUUUCAUUCAAGGCUCCCCGAAAAGAAGUGCGAAAAUUACUUAAGCACAAUGGCGAACGAGAACCCUUGUACACAUACACAAAUCCAACUCCUAGCGAAAUGCGCGACGUUGUACUAAUGGAACUUUGUGCUGUUCCCAUUGAUUGGAAAAUGCUGACCACACUGCGGCCAAAAUCCAAACUCGAGGAGGAGUACUUUAGUCGUUUGGUGGAAAUGGGCAAGCUUCAGCUUAAAACGGAAACACGUGACAAGAGAGAAUUCACCCUUAACAAUGGCAUCAAAAAAAUAAAAAACAAAUCCGGGGUCAUCGAGACUAGACUGCUGACAUGUACUGAAUGUGGCGAGGAGUUGUGCUAUGGACGCACAUGCAUGGAUUUCAAUUAUGAUUUGUUUGUGAGAGUUGAACUGAAACCACCAAAACCAAAACCACCGCCAAACAAUUCCGUCAAUAAGGGAAAGAGUAUCCUGAGAAAUGGCAGGAAGAAAUCUGCUGCAGCUGCGGCAAGUUCUGGCAAACAAAAAAACCGCAAACAUAGUCCGAGUAAAAAGGGCACAACCGACUCAUAGGAGAGUGGAGAAAAACU